AUGAAGGAUGCCCUAGUCGCGUCCAUUGCUACGUUUCACACGAAGAAGAUCAUCAUCUCUGAUCCAACAAAGUGCCAUCACAAUGGCUCCAAUCCUAAAUCCAUGUAUCGAUGUGUCUCAUCUGAAAGUCAUGUUAUGGCGGAAUACAAAAAACUUACUCCUAAGAGACCGAGAGUCCUUACUCCAAAACAGCAGGUUGCCUUGGAAUCUGUAAACAAGCCUGGCAACCGAGGGAAACGCACUACCACAAAGAAGGAGUCAACAGAGGAGGAUAAGACUAAAGCUUCUAAGUCACAAAAACGAAAGUCUGAUAAAGGAGAUUCUUCCAAGCCCAAGAAGCUAAAGAAAAUGGCAAGAAGAUCCAAGAUUCCCACUCCUCCUAGCUCAGAAAAUGACAAGGAAAAUGAAGAAGAGGAGGGUCAUCAUGAAUCACCGAGAGGCAAUACACCUCCCAGAUCCCCAACUCUAACCGAACCCAUUCAUGACAAAAUUCCUACCCCACCUCUAUCACCAAAACAAACUAUUCCAGUUUCGGUUCCUAUCGAUCCUCCACCCACUGCUUCACAACCAACGACUUCUUUACCACCACCUCCACCAGUUACUUCUACUCCUAUUUCUACAACACAAUUACCACCUCCUAUAAUUUCUAAAACCACCACCUCUAUAAUUCCUGAACCAACAAUGGAGGUCAACGUAUCUGAUACGAGGGCCACAACUGUAACUGAAACUCCAAUCAUCAAUAAACCUCUUUCACCCACCCACUCAACUGAUUCUGGUGCCACUCUUGGUGGUGAGAAUGACGAGUAUGACCUUACAUACUUUAGUCCAUAUCGGCUACCAACUGAUGAGGAUGAUGAUGCUCCUGUCACUAGCCAACACUUGCAGAGCAUCAAUGAGAAACUCGAUCGAUUGCUUGAAGACAACAAAGCCUAUAGUGGUGUGGUCCUCAAAGCUUUUCUGGACACUGCUCUGGAACAAUAUACGGAGUGUAUUGAAAUAUCCACUAAAGUUGUUGAUGCUUCUACUUCCUCCUGCAAAAAGGCCUCAACUGCUGUUACUGAGAUUGUUCAAACAACUCAGAUUUUUCUUGAGUCUCUGAAAGGGCAUGCCGACACAAAUGCAGCCAAGAUACAAGAUUUUGUAGAUUCUUUCUCUAAGUCUCUUCAAGAAGAGCAGUCAAAGUUUGAGGCUGUGCAUUCCUCUAUCCAAGCUGAGAAUUCUUCGCUUAUCAGCUCAGUCACUUCUAAGCUUGACUCUAUUCACGCUAAUCUGGCAACCGAAAGUGUUCUGAAGGAAGAAUUGGCACGACGAUCCUCUAUGCUUGAAGUACAGAAAGUGCAGUUCACCCAAGAAGAAAAAGAAAUUUCCUUAUUAAAGACCGAAAGGGCUAUUUUCCGCAGCUAUGCAGGGGAUGUUAAGGAUAUGCUCACCAACAUUCUUGGUGCUCAUGAUCCUAUUCUAACUCUGACCAUUCGGAAUCAUCUCUCCACAAAAUUGACUCCUGCCAUUGCCAUGUUACAUGAAAUGAAGGGUGUUUCGGAGGGAUUCCGACCUCCAAAACAAGGGGAGAAAGUGCUCAACUGA